AUGUCAUCAAUAAAACCUACGGCUCGACUUGUAGCUGUCUGUCAAAAAGAACAAGUGUCAUCGUUUGAUAAACGUCAAAUACCAAUUAAUAUUGAUGAAAAUCUUAUUAUGAAACUUCAAGUUGAUGAUUCUUGCAUAAAGUGUGAUCAUCAUUGUUGUAAUAAGAAAGUCAAAAAUUAUGAAACAUUUAUUAAUGGAUAUAAAAAAUUAACUUUGGAUGAAUUAAAUGAUGCUCUAUGUGUACCUAGUACUCAAAUAAAAGAAUAUAUUCUUCAUAGUGUACCUUGUAUUGGUUGUCGAACAAGUAUUGAAAAUUUUAUAAAAUCUCUAAUAGAACAUCAUCAUUCAGGACUUGAACCACUUGUUAUGAAUGAAAAAGGAUCAAUAACUCUAACAAAAAUAUAUAGUUCUAAACCAGAUAAUAUUUAUUCAUUAUUCUAUAUUCAUGGAUCGAAAUUAACUUCAUUUAUUGAAAGUAUUCCAAAAUCGAAAAAGAAUCGUCGAUGUAUUAUACAUUCAUUAGAUAAAUCGAAAUCAAUUAAUGAUUGGGAAAUCGUUUGGGAUGCAAUGAAUGAUGAAUGUCGGGAUACAGUUACAUUAGUCGAAGCUGAUUGUUUGCUUGAUACACUUGAAAAUUAUCUACAUAAACAUAAAUUUUGUUCGGAAUGUAAACUUAAAGUAUUAGAAGCAUAUGAUAUUUUAUUGGAUAAUACAGAUAAUAAACAUCGAGAUAAAAAAGGAUAUUGUCCAGCUUUAUAUGAAGGAUUACGAUCAUGUACUAAUGAUAAACACAUUCAUAUUGAUUCUAAUAAAGUAUUUAUUGGUAAUUUAAUUGCACGAGCAGAAUCUGAAAUUCAAGAUAGUCGACGCGAACGUCAUGCUAAAACAUUAGAUAUAGCACAAGAAGAAAUUUUAACUUGUAUUGGAAUUUAUUUAUUUGAACGAUUUGAUAAAAUCUAUCGUACAAUGCGAUCAGAAGAACAAACAUGGCAAUUAUUAUUUUAUAUUAGUAUUGAUUGUUUAAGAUUAAAUUUUGAAAAAGCUCUUGAUCGUAAACAAGAUUUUAGUAUGACAUUACAAAUUUUAUGUGAACAAUUUCGUGAAGUUGAUGAAAUAAAAAUACAAAAAAAACAACAAAAACGAUCCAAACGUAAAGCUCGUCGUCAAAUAAAAAUGAAUGAAAAUAAUGAAGUUAAACCAAAUAAAAUAACAAAAAAAAUUGAUGAAAAAAAAAUUUUAUGUACAAAUUCUAAUGAUAAUAAACAAGAAAUAGUAACACGUCGUCGAACAAGCAGUUGUUGUUCUUGUUUAUGUCAUUAUUGUGAUGAACGAUCAAAAUCUCUAACAAUUAGUCAUACAACAAUACCAUUAAUAUCAUUAGUGAAAUCACAAUCAUGUCCAUCAUCAUUACUUUUUACAUCUGAAUGUGUAGAAAAAUCAUCACAUCAAGUUAUUAAUGGACAAACUAUACCAUUAUCAAGUUCACUUGAAACUCUUCUUUCAUCUGUUUCAACAAGGGAAUGUGUUUGUCAUGAUAGAAAUUUAGAAAAACAACAAGUGUCGUGUGAUGAAUGUCCAACAUCAUCAUCGAUAUCAUGUAUUCGUUGUUCUAGUACACGAACUGAUCUUGGUUAUUCUUCAGGGCAAGAUGAAACUUGUUCAUUUAGUCCUUGUGAAUGUUCAUUGACAUGUGAUGGAUGUUUAACUGAACUAUCACAUUGUUGUCCAGUACAUGAAGAGGAUGAGAAUAGUGAUGAACAUGGUGAAUCUGUUUCACCUUGUAAUUCUGUUUUGUCCAGCCGUAUCUGUAGUCAUAAUUGUUGUAUUCAUAAUGCAUUAAUAGAUGCUAAAAAAACAAUUGAAUUAUGUGAUACUACGAGAAAACAUAUCCUUAAAGUACAAUUAUCUCAACAAUAUCCAUUCUUUCAUAUGGAUCUGAAGCAAACUUGGGAUGAAAAUCCAUCAACGGAUAUGGAAAGUCAACUAUUUAUAUCCGACGAUGAUCUUCGUCAAUUUUUAAUGCUCAAUAAAAAUUUUGAUGUAGAACGUUCGCAAUUACGAGAUAUUUUCAAGUUAAAAUUUCAAGCAUGGAAACAACGUCUACCAUAUAAAGCUUAA